GGAGAUCCCUGGAUUGUGUUGUUUGAGCACACCUUAAGUAGUCAAUUGACUUCCGUCCAAAAAAAAUUAGUCAAUUGACUCCUUCCUCUUUUCUGUUUCAUGCUUUGUUUGCUCCAUUUUCUUCUAAUGAGUUGUUGAAGAGUUUCUAUUUUUGUUUGAAUGUAGCUCCGAGCUCAAGUCUUGAGAGACAUUUUUGCUAUUUCCAGAUUUGGGAUUCCAUAUUUCUCUCCUCCAUUUCCUACUUCAUCAAUAACUUUCACAAUCCUCUCGAGAUGAAUAGAAAAAGACCCACUAAUCUAGAAAAUCCAAUGUACAAGGCAUCUUCCUCAUCAACCUCUCCACUUGUCGGUGAUUAUGAAGGCAGAACCAAAAGGCCAAAGGAAGAUACUUACGAAGUGUUCUUGAGCUUUAGAGGGAAAGACACUCGCAAAGGCUUCACUGAUUAUCUCUAUACUAGCCUUGUUGAUGCAGGAAUUCACGUGUUCAGAGACAACAAUGACCUUCGUGUUGGUGAGGAGAUUGGUCCAGAGCUUAUAUGCAGCAUGAUGCAGUCCACGAUAUUGAUCCCGAUUAUAUCCGAGAACUACGCUUUAGCAAAUGGUGCCUUCGUGAGCUGGCUCAGAUAUUGAAGUGCAAGAGAAGCGGAGGGCAAAUAGUGUUGCCCAUAUUUUAUAAAGUGGAACCCUCGCAGAUGCGCCAUCUUAAAGGGAGAUUUGGAGAUGCUAUCAAUGCACAUAAAGAGGAUUUGGCUGAGAUGUUUGUGAAGGAAUGGGAAGAAGCACUCGAAGAAAUCAGUUGUAUAAAAGGAUGGGAAUCGGAGAAAAUUGAUAAUGGGCAUGAAGGAGCAUUGGUCAAAAUUGUUGUUACAAAAGUUCUAAGCGAGUUAAAAGGUACAUUUCAACUAAUUGUUCCCCAACAGUUGGUAGGAAUUGAUGAUCAUGUCAAACAAAUUAUGAGCUUGAUAGAUGCUAAAUUCAAUGGUACAUGGAUUAUUGGAAUUUAUGGAAUGGGCGGCAUCGGAAAAACGACUCUUGCGAAGGCAUUAUACAACAAGUUCUUUGAUCAAUUUGAAUAUCAUAGCUUUGUGGCAGAUUGUCGAGAAACAUACCAACGUGAGGGUAUUAAAUGCCUACAAAAGCAGCUCAUAUCUAGCCUUGGAAGUUGGUGUGAUGUGUCUAAUGUGGACGAGGGACUCCGUCUCAUCAAAUCUCGAUUUGCACAUAAGAAAGCACUCAUUUUUCUUGAUGAUAUAGAUGAUAGUGCUCACUUGAAAUAUUUGGUUGACUGUGGUUGGUUUAAAGCAGGAAGCAUAGUCAUCAUAACAACUAGAAACAAGGAUGUUCUUGACCAAGCUAGUGCAUACCACAUGUACCAUCUCAACGAGUUGUCUUUGGAUCAAUCAUUGAUUUUAUUUUGUAGACAUGCAUUUCAAUAGGAUUCUCCUCCGAGUGAUUAUGAAGUUGUCUCUCAUGAUAUUGUAUCUACUACUGGGGGGCUCCCAUUAGCUCUCGAAGUUGUAGGUUCAUUCUUAUGUAGAAAGAGAAAAAACGUAUGGAAAGAUACAUUAAAAAAAUUAAAGAAAGUGCCCCAUGAGAAAGUGCGAGAGAAGCUGAAAAUAAGUUACGAAGCAUUAGAUUAUGGGGAGCAACAAAUAUUUUUGGAUAUUGCAUGCUAUUUCAUUGGAUCAUGUAAACAAAAUCCAACUUAUAUGUGGGAUGCUUGUGAUUUUUUCCCUGGGAAUGGGAUUGAAGUAUUAAGUCUUAUGUCCCUAAUUAAAAUUGA